UACUCAUUUUGACGCUCCCAAACACGGCUCUUUCUCUUCGCUGUUAUUGAUUCUUUUUCCCUUCAAUUUUCAGUCAAAAGCAAAUAAUCAGUACAGAUUUUAUGAUUCCGAUGGGCAUACAUAAACUCAGAAAGGACGCCCGAGCUGAGCUGAAAAUGGCUAUUGAGUUCCUCUGACCCGUUGAUAUAAAAUCGAAAUUUCUAAAACCCUAAGUACAAUUCACUGGGGAAAUACGUUUUAUGUACGAUCCGUAUACGUACGUAUAUUAUUUUUACUCAGAAUUUGGAGCUUCGAUUUUCGAGCUUUUGUAGUUCAGGUGUAUGCUCAGCUAUGGAAGUGGAAUUGGUAACAGAUGGAAUGCCGGAAGAUGAAAAAUAUGGCAUUGAUGAAAACUUUGAAGAUCUUUCAACUUUUGAGAGUGAAAGAUGUGGUAUAUGUAUGGAUAUCGUCAUUGACCGAGGAGUUCUUGAUUGUUGCCAACAUUGGUUCUGUUUUACAUGCAUUGAUAAUUGGGCCACCAUCACAAACUUAUGCCCACUCUGCCAGAUUGAAUUUCAAUUGAUCACUUGUGUGCCGGUAUUUGAUACUAUUGGAGGGAACAAAAGUGAUGAUGAUUCAUUCAGGGAUGAUGACUGGUCCAUUGAAGGAAAGAACAAUACUCUCUCAUUUCCAUCAUACUAUAUUGAUGAGAAUGCAGUUGUCUGCUUAGAUGGAGAUGGCUGUAAAAUUCGGACUGAAUCAGCAGGAAUUGAGGCUGAUUCAAAUCUUGAUACAUCAAUUGCUUGUGACUCAUGUGACACAUGGUACCAUGCUUUUUGUGUUGGAUUUGACCCUGAAGGCACUUGUGAGAACUCAUGGCUAUGCCCAAGAUGUAUUGCUGACAAUGUCCCUGGCAAAUUGGAUGUGCUUCCAGUAUCUAAGUCCAGCAACCAAUGUGAUCCAGAAAAUGCAAGUAACAACUCCUCGAUUGAGCCUGAUUUCUCUGGAAAAGUGUGUGUUGCUGUUGCUGAUGCUGGUGAGACUGCUGUUGUUGUCUCAAUGGUUGAGGGAUAUCAUGAGGAUGGAGCAUCAGACGGACAAAUUUCGACUUCAAAUUCUAGCAAAGACAUAAAACCUAGCACAUUAUCAUCUAAUUCUGUUGUCGAUAUUCACAAUUCAGUAUUGGAUGACAGUAAGUGUAUUCUGCCAAACCUAGAGCCGGAGGACCAAGAACUGCCCUCUUCACUCCAUAAGUCUUCUGAUUCAACUCCAUAUUCUUCUACAUUAGCUAAUGUGGAGAUAAACACUAAUGAUAAAGUAACAAGUGGGAUGACACUUCUACAAAGAUCUGUCCAGACACUUAACAACAAGGUGAUCGAACCUGGUUUAGAUCUUCAUCUCGGUUUAACAGUGGGAUCAUGUACAAAAGACUCUCGAGCAUCUUGGUUCACUUCAAUGGUUCAACAAGCUUCCUUUUUUUCCUCUCAGGCUCUCAAUAGGUUUUCAGCAGAUAACUCAGGUGACAGGCUGAUGACAGAAAAGGAGGUCCCUGUUGCUAUUGCUGGUGCUAAGAGAAAACAUAGAGAAAUCAGAGAUGCUGAAAAAAGGAGAAGUAAAGGUAAGAGUGAGAAUCCACAUCAUUUGAAGAAAGCCAAAACUGAGGGCAAUGGACAGACUGAUCCAAAGGACCAAAAGGUUACAAGUACUUCAGAUGACCAGUCCAAAUCAUGUGUAACUGUCCCUAAAGAUGGAAAGCUGAAAUGCAUAUCCAAAAAGGAAAGUGCAGACAUUGAUAUUAUGGAUAUAGUUCAGGGUACAAGUCGUAAACCUUUGAAGAAAAGUGCACGAAGCGAUCCUGAUGGCAUGUCCAGUAAGCAAAAGGAAAAUGCAGCUGGCUUGAGAGUGAAAAAAAUAAUGAGAAGAGUUGAUGGUGAAGAUUCAUCUGUGCUAGUCCAAAAAUUAAGAAAGGAUAUCAGAGAAGCUGUUCGCAGCAAAUCCACUGAGGAGCUUGAUAAAAACAUUUUUGAUCCAAAACUUCUGGCUGCUUUUAGGUCUGUUGUGGCUGGAUCAACAACUGAAACUAUGAAGUCACAUAUAGAUCUGAAGGCAAAGCAGUCACUCUUGCAGAAGGGAAAAAUUCGUGAAAACCUAACCAAAAAAAUUUAUGGGAUUGGGGGGAGGAGAAAACGAGCAUGGACUCGAGAUUGUGAAAUUGAAUUCUGGAAACAUCGCUGCUCAAAAGCAUCAAAGCCUGAAAAAAUUCAAACCUUAAAGUCGGUUCUUAACCUCUUGAGGGAUGACUCUGGGAAUGCAGAGAUAAAGCACACAAAUGCAGGAGAGGGAACGGGUUCCAUUCUAUCAAGGCUGUAUUUGGCAGAUACUUCUGUUUUCCCAAGAAAAGAUAGCAUUAAGCCUGUCUCAUCCCUUAAUACUAGUGGAAUGUCUGAGCACAUGACAGAAAAUGGCCCUCCAGCAAAUGCUUCAAAACCAUCUCUUCCAAGUCAAGCCGACACAGUUCCCCAAAAUAACGAAGCUUUGAAACAGGUCCCUAUUCCUCCUUUGACUGCCAAAGUAGCCCCUAAAAUGGUUCCUAAUAAGAAACCUGAUUCUUCUUCCCGACUACAUUCAAACAAGUGCCUAGAAGGGUCAUCUAACUCCACAUCAAGCAGCACCAUACCUUCCAAGGGGGAAUCUGUCCUUCCAUCUGAUAAUACAAAGACAGAUAAAAGGAAAUGGGCUUUAGAGCUUCUUGCUAGAAAAGCUUCAGCUGUUACUAAGAAUGCAGCAGAUGGAAAUGCAGAGGAUAAUGCUGCAUUGAAACAAACUUAUCCCUUGCUAGCUCAACUGCCAAAAGACAUGCAACCGGUUUUGGCUCCCAGUCGUCAUAAUAAGGUUCCUAUGUCAAUCAGGCAGGCUCAACUUUAUCGCCUUACUGAACAUUUCUUAAGAAAAGCAAAUCUAGCAGUUAUUCGUAGAACUGCAGAUACAGAGUUGGCCGUUGCUGAUGCCAUUAAUAUUGAAAAGGAGGUUGCUGAUAAGUCGAAUAGCAAAUUAGUAUAUGUUAAUCUCUGUUCUCAGGAGCUACGGCGUAGAUCUGAUAGUACUAGUUCUGACAAAGCUACCGGGUUGAAUCCUGGGCAAAGUACAGAGAUGCCUUCUAAUGCAUUAGAAGCGUCAAUUGAGAAUCAUUCUGCUGACUCUGCUGUAAUCAAUGAGGCACUAAUAAAUGCUGGGCUCUUGUCUGAUUCCCCACCAAGUACCCCACAGAGGCCUACAGAGGAAUUCAAAGAAGAGAAUUGCUUCUCAAAUGAAGUUGAAGAUGAUGGGCCUAAUGAUGUUUUCGAUGUUGAACCUCCUCCAGAGCUUGAUAUCUAUGGGGAUUUUGAAUACAAUUUGGAUGAUGAUUUCACAGGUGCUAGCAGUUCCAUGAUCUCUGAGCCACAGCUGGUAGAAGCCAAAAUGAAAGUUAUAUUCUCCACACAUAACCCUGAUACAUCGAAUGUCACUCUGGAACAACCAAAUGUGGAAAGACAGGAAGCUUUUGAAGGUCCCAAAGAUUCUUCUUGCCUAGUUGACAGUGAUGUUGCGAGCACUCAAGCAGGAAGCUCAUUAAUUGACACUAGUAGAGACAACAGCAUCCCUCAGAGUUCCUUUAUUGAUGGAGGUGAAGAGCUUUCUAUUGCGGAAUGUGAGGAAUUGUAUGGACCUGAUAAAGAACCACUAAUCCAAAAGUACCCUGAGAUGGCGUCAAUAAAGCCAUGUGAGCUGGCAAUCAAUAACCAAAUUUCACAAACUAAUGGGAGCUGUGAAUCUAGCCAAGCAGCCAAAUCAUCUGAGCUAGAAAGUGCGAGUGGAAUGGAUAAUGUGGAAGCUUCUGCUUCUUCCCAGUGCCCUUCUAUUACAGCAAAUUCACCAAACAACCUUGAGGGGGGUGAAAAUGUACAAAGAAGGGACAAUGCAUCUAAAUCCAAUACCAGCAAGGAAUCAGAUAGCACCAGCCCUGUGUCAAGGAAGGUUGAAGCUUAUAUCAAAGAGCAUAUCAGGCCACUAUGCAAGAGUGGUGUGAUCUCAGUUGAACAGUACAGGUGGGCUGUGAGUAAAACUACUGAGAAAGUUAUGAAAUAUCACUCCAAAGACAAAAAUGCUAAUUUUCUCAUAAAAGAAGGUGAGAAAGUGAAGAAACUUGCAGAGCAGUAUGUUGAGGCUGCACAGAAUAUGCCAAAAAAUCAAUAGGCCAACAGUAUAAUAUACAGUCAGUGUAUAGCUUUUGCUUUUGCUUUUGCUGUUUUAUUUUUGUUUUGCCCGAAAGAAUGGCUGUAAAAACAAGAAGAGAAUGGUCGGUUCAUUUCUUGAAAAAGCAUGGAUAGAAGCCAUGUAUAAAGUGAUUCUCAAAUUUGUCUGCACCUUAAAGCUUAAGACAGGCUUUUGAUAGACAUUUUAGUCUAUGUAGCACAGAAUUGAAACUGUAAAUGAGAAACAAAUGUGAAAUUUGUCACAA